CGAGAUCUUUGUUGGAUUCGAGUAACGCCUUGUAGAAAAGUUUGUUGUUUGGUUAGAUUUGAAAGAGAUGCGUCGAAAAUUCAAAGCAUCCGAAAUCAACGCAGAAAUAAGCCCUUAUUUUGAUCGUCCAGGGACCUCUGAUGACUCCAGUAAUAACGGCAGUCCGGCGAAAAAGCGUGCCCGGCCAAAUAAAUAUGGGGGUAUGAGCGAGGAAGAUGUGAUGAAACUACUGCUACCAGACCGAGUCGCUGAAAACCUCGAUAUUCUUUUCAUAGGGAUAAACCCAGGGCUAACCUCAGCUUACAAAGGCCAUCAUUAUGCUGGACCAAAUAACCAUUUCUGGCCAUGUCUUUAUGACUCUGGGCUUGUUCCUGAGAAGCUAACCUUUAGAGAUGAUGAAAAGUGUCCAGCAUAUGGUAUUGGACUUACAAAUAUUGUAGAGAGGACGACUAGGGGAUCCUCAGAUUUAUCAAGAAAAGAAAUUAAAGAUGGUGUAGAUGCACUGAUUGUGAAAGUCAAAAGGCUGAAACCCUUGGUUGCUUGUUUCAAUGGAAAAGGUAUUUAUGAAAUAUUUUCCAAAUCUAAGUGUGAGAUUGGUCGCCAAACUAAAUGUAUUCCAGGAACAAAUGUGGUUGUCUACGUCAUGCCGUCUAGUUCAGGCAGAACAAUGACCUAUCCCAGAGCAAGUGACAAGUUAAAAUUCUUCACUGAGUUAAAAUCGCUACGAGAUGAAGCCAAGCUAAAAACACUUUCUGCUGAUGCAGAUAAACCGAAAACAGACAAUACGGAUACAAGAGAGAAAAAAACUUUAGAGACAUGAGAGGGUUCUGGUUCGACCUUUUCGAUACGUUGACCAAGAAGAUCAAUUACAUUUUCGCGUCACUUUAAUCUUCAAAAAAUCGUGAAACUAUAAUGACGCGAAAACUGUGUCUCAAAACAUGCGCCAUUUGCGAAAUUUCAUGUACUCAGGAAGUUUGUGAUCAUCUUUUUGUUCACCGUUGGAUCCACUCAACUACUCCAAGAUUUCCAAAAAGGAGGGGGCGAGUUUCAAGAAAUGGUGGGCCGGAUUCAUUGUACUUCCGUGGAUUCCCUUAUAUUUCUUGUGAUUGUAAAGCAGCCAAAUAUCAGAAAAUGGGGGGGGGGGGGGGGGGGGGCGCUCGGUCCACACUUAUAUCCACCCCUGUUCAUCAAGUGACUCCUAAGUCAAAAUAAAUUGAAAACAGUGCCUUCGCUGCAGUAAGUUGCUUGGCGUAUGAAAACAAAUAAAUAUAUUUAAAAUUA